AUUAUAGAUAUUUCUAAUAAUUUUUUAAUUAUUAAAAAUAAUUUAUUUAUAUUUUUAAAAGUUGACAGUGUUGAUCAAUCUUUCCACCCUAUCAGAUAAAAAAAUUUUCUCAUAUUUGUUUAAAUAAAUUGAAUCUAAUUGAUGGAACAACUUGUAGAUAAAAAUUCUUAGAACAUUGUAUCGAUUAGUAUCAGUGUGUCGAAAAAAAAAAAUGACACAAAUUAAUAUUGAUAAUGAAACUGACCUAAUGAGUAAUGACUAAUGACUAAAAAAAUUAAUUAAUUAUCAUUUUGUAAAUGAAUAUAGUCGCUUAAAAAUCCAACUGAUAAAUUUUAUAAUAAUAUUGUUUAUUUCGAUUGAUUUCGAUUUCGAAAUUUUUUACUAUUGUUUGCUAUUUACCUGAAUAUUGAAUUUUUCUAAAUUGACCUUUACAGGGUCAUGUACAAGUUGCUCCCUUUUGCGCCGUCGCAAAUUCCUUGUUUUUCUCUUUGCCAUUUCAGGGUGAAAUUUUUUUUUUUCACAUAUCCAAGAGACACACAGAUAGUGGCAGAUAAAUUAUAAGUCUAAAAUUAAUUUACCAUUUAUUUACCAUUAAUAUUGCAAGUACAAAAAUCAUAUUUUAAAAAUUAAUUUACAAUUUAACAAGUGGCGAGUAUUGAUUCAUUGAAUUUUUUUUUUUUUCAAAUCAAUAACAUCUAUUUUUUUUAAAUAUAAUAUUUAUAUAUUAUAUUUAAAAAUUGUAGAUAAUUAUUUAAAUUAAUAGUCAAUCAUUUUAAAGAAAAAUCUGUUCUCCAUGCCAGAAGCUUCAGAGGCAGGAUUUUAUUUGGGCGUAAUGGGGAUCGUAGAUGAACCAGAUUUUUCAACAUUUGAAAAUAGAACAGGACUUGCUGAGGAUAUGAAAUUUCUAGCAAGUAUGCCUGAGCUAUGUGAUGUUACAUUUUUAGUGGGUGAUACAAGAGAGCCUGUUUGUGCUGUUAAAGCAGUCCUGGCUGCUAGAAGUCGGGUAUUUCAUAAGAUGCUUUAUCAAGCUUCAAGCCCACAACGAAAAAAAGAACCAGCUCCUCGAGAAAAAUUACGUUUUUUUUUAAAACGAAGCUCUGAACCUUUAUUGAAUGUUCAAAAUUCAACAAAUCAACUUCAGUCAGAUCAGCAUCAUACGUUAAUUAUUGAAGAGUUUGAACCAGAUGUAUUUCGACAGCUGAUAGAAUACAUCCAUACUGGUUGUGUGACUCUUCAACCAAGAACAUUAUUAGGAGUAAUGAAUGCAGCUGAUUACUAUGGUCUUGAUGAACUUCGAAAAGCAUGUGCUGGUUUUGUUCAAUGUUGCAUAACAGUUGACACAGUGUGUGCUCUUUUAGCAUCAGCAGAAAGAUAUAUUCAAUACAAGUGUACAAAAUCUCUCGUUCAAAAAGUAUUAGAAUUUGUUGAUGAGCAUGGAAAUGAAGUACUUAAUCUUGGUUCAUUUACAUUACUUCCACAACAUGUUGUCAGGCUUAUUUUAGCUAGAGAAGAACUUUCAGCUGAUGAAUUUACUAAAUUUCAAGCUGCAUUAAUGUGGAGUAAAAAAUAUUGUGAUAGUAAUCCUAGUACACCACUUCAAGAUGUCAUUGGAAAUUUUUUAGAAUAUAUACAAUUUCAUAAAAUUCCAGCAAAUGUACUUAUGCGUGAAGUGAAUCCAUUGGGUCUUGUACCUUCAACAAUAAUUAUGAAUUCAUUAGCUUACCAGGCAGACCCCUCCAGUGUCGACCCUGGGAAACUCUCACCUCAUCGAGUGAGAAGACAAGGUCGUAGCAUGUCAGUGCAAUCAUCGCUAGAUCCAUAUGGUAGUAAUACUACUUUGAGCUCUUGUGGAAGUGAUACUGGAUUUGAUAACAAACAACGUUGUGGUAGUAACUAACCUUUGGCACCGGUUGCUUUUGGAGCGACCGCGGAUAAUAAAAUAUCACUUGAAUUAUAUCCAAGAUAUUUUUCAAGAUCUGAUUCUAAAAUCAUGACUGCAUCAAUUGGUAUUAAUGUUGAUGAUAAAAAUAAUGGAUUUUUAAAAAUAAAAAGACAUACUUCAAUGAUUACUAGAAAUAAUAAAAAUGAAGAAGAAUUUAAUAAUAAUAAAUGUAAUGUUAAAAAUCUUUCUUAUAUACGUUUUAUUUUAAAACAAAUUGGAAAACCAGAUGUUGUUUUAAUUCACAAAGUUCAUGUAUUUUAAAUUAUUUACAAUAUUAUGAAUUAAAUAACAGAAUGACUUUUUAAUUCAUCAAAAUUUUAAUUGUUAAUUUUAAUGAUUAUUGUGAUAAACGUACAAUCAUGUCUUAUAUUUUCAAAUAAUUUAUCAACUCAAUGUUAUGAACUCUUGACAGAAAAUAUAUUUAUAAAUGUUAUAUUGAUAUUUUUUUCCGAUAUUUGUUAUAUAAAUAAUCUUGAUAUUAAUGCAUGUUUCGAUUAGUGAGUGGUACCACUUUGUCUUGACUGAUUUUCAUGAUGUAAAAAAAUAUUUACACAUGUUUAAAAAUCAUUCAAGAUUGUGAUACCUCAUACAUUAAAAUCUGUGUCAAUUGAUUGGUGAUUUCAAGAAAUAUAAAUGUGAAAAAAAAAAUUAUUUAUUCGAGCACUUGAUGAACGUAAAUGUAAGCACAAAAAAAAAAAAUUUAAUUGUUGUGAAAUAAAUGAAAUUUAAGUCAAAUUGAAUUUUAUUAAAAAUGUUAAAUUUAAUGUUUUUAAAAUCAAGUGUAAUUGUUAAUAUAAAUAAUUACAAAAUAUCAUUUAAUAUUAAUUAUUUAAAAAAGAAUAAAUUAUCUAUAAAUUAUGUAAAAGUCAUGUGCUACGUGGGACAUUCAAUUGUUUUUCUAACUGCUGUAGCAAAAAGUACUUUUUCAAGUUCAAAAUUUGGCAAUUAAAAAUGCAUAACUAAUAUUGCUGAUAAAAAAAAAUUAACUUGUAUAAAGUUGAGCUUGUUUUUUGUACUAAUUAAUGGAAUUAAUUAUUUAUUUUUGAUGAUCAACAUCAAUAAAUGUCUU